ACACAGUGAGAGACGGUCGUCGAUUUUCCCGAUACAGCGAACUCGCGUGCUUUUACCAAGCCACCCUGCAUUUUACAUCCGUGUAAAACCCGCAUCACCUUACAUCCACAAUGGCCGUCUUUGAAGGAAAGAAGUACAAGAUGGAGAAGUCGGAGGGAUUCGAUGACUACAUGAAGGCUCUCGGUGUCGGCAUGGUGCUCCGCAAGCUGGGCAACAGCAUCUCACCCACGGUGGAACUGGUGAAGAACGGUGACGAGUACACGUUCAACACGCUGUCCACCUUCAAGAACACGACGAUCAAGUUCAAGCUGGGCGAGGAGUUCGAUGAGGAAACCGUCGAUGGCCGCAUGGUCAAGUCCGUCUGCACCCUGGAUGGUAACAAGCUGAUCCACGAGCAGAAGGGCGAGAAGCCGACCACGAUCGUGCGCGAGUUCACCGCCACCGACCUGACCGCCACCAUGACUGCCGGCAACGCCAAGUGCGUCCGUUACUACAAGGUUGUAUAAGAGGACCACCGCCAGCAGGCUUCUUCCGGCCCCGGAGCUGCAUUCGAUCUGUGACCGAAUGGAAGGGCGAUCGGCCGGCGGGAAGAUUCGACGAAGUAGGACACCCUCUGGUUUCAUCUCAUCCCAGCAUCACAUUUCCAGCAUCAUUCGCAUUUAUAUUUUAUCACAGUCGCGCAAGAGACAGACAAAGAGAGAGAGAGAAGAGUAGCAACGAACAAACUAUACGAUAACAAGAGCAUCCUAACAUUGGAGUAGAUUAAGGACUCUGCAAGGGGCGUGAAUGAUUGUGUGUGUGUUGCGUGCAUGAUGUAAUACUACGAGUCCGCCAAAUGUCGGCUGUUGUGUGGUACGUGUGCGUGUGCACGUACUGCAAGCAAUACGAUACGAUAAAGAAUAAUGCAUUUCGCUCAUUGCUGAUUGUUUAUGUACAUAUUUCGGAAGAAAUACUAUGAUUUGAUCAUAAUUCUCGAUUGUUUUGUUUGCUAACAAAUGCUCGUCAAGAAUAAAACAAACCAAGCCUAACGGAUUGAUAAC